ACUUCCAGCGGCUGCGUGCUUGCACCUUGGACUUCAGCAAAAAUGGGCCACUUCGGUCAGAGACCUUGCAGUGCUGGUCCAAAUGCUUGACUGCCACUCACCUCUGAGAAUACAGGUGAUUGGGAAGAAAAACUUCCAAUCUACAGAAAAGCUGGAAGACUCAAGUGAAAACUCAUAUAUUCUUUGCUCAGAUUUACCAGUUGUUCAUACACAGAGACUGUAAAUGUGUAUCUACAACAUUAGGGUGGCAGUGACAGAAGAAGAGACUCUGGCCCUGGCCGAGGCCCUGGUACAUGGAGAGAAGGAAGGAGGCAAUUUCUUAAUUGGUGCCAUACACACCAGAUGGAUGGUUUCUAGCCUGCUUCCACACCCCACCUCGGCUGAGUGCUGGGCAGCACUUCUACAUGAGCCUAUGACGCUUGAUAUGGACGCAGUCCUGUCAGACUUUGUUCGGUCCACGGGGGCAGAACCUGGUCUGGCCAGAGACCUGCUGGAAGGCAAAAACUGGGACCUAACGGCUGCUCUAAGCGACUAUGAGCAGCUCCGACAGGUGCACACAGCCAACCUGCCACAUGUGUUCAAUGAAGGGAGGUGCCCCAAGCAGCCUGAGCGAGAGCUACACCAGCCUGGGCACAAGGUGGAGCGGCCCUGCCUGCAGAGGCAGGACGACAUUCCCCAAGAAAAGCGGCUCUCCCGGGGGAUCUCGCAUGCCAGCUCAGCCAUCGUCUCCCUGGCCCGGUCCCACGUGGCAAAUGAAUGCAACAAUGAGCAAUUCCCCCUGGAGAUGCCAAUCUACACAUUCCAGCUGCCAGACCUGAGUGUGUACAGUGAGGACUUCAGGAGCUUCAUCGAGCGGGACUUGAUCGAGCAGGCGACCAUGGUAGCUUUGGAACAGGCAGGUCGCCUGAACUGGUGGUCCACCGUGUGCACGAGCUGUAAACGGCUUCUUCCUCUGGCCACGACAGGGGAUGGGAACUGCCUGCUACAUGCGGCCUCACUGGGAAUGUGGGGUUUUCAUGAUCGAGACCUGGUUUUGCGGAAAGCUCUCUACACCAUGAUGAGGACAGGCGCCGAGCGGGAAGCCCUGAAGAGGAGGUGGAGGUGGCAGCAGACGCAGCAGAACAAGGAGUCAGGGCUGGUGUACACGGAGGAGGAGUGGGAGCGAGAGUGGACGGAACUGCUGAAGCUGGCCUCCAGUGAGCCGCGCACGCACUUCAGCAAGAACGGCGGCAGUGGCGGCGGCGUGGACAACUCCGAGGACCCCGUGUACGAGAGCCUGGAGGAGUUCCAUGUCUUUGUCUUGGCCCAUAUCCUAAGAAGACCCAUCGUCGUCGUGGCAGACACGAUGCUGAGAGACUCGGGUGGAGAAGCAUUUGCGCCCAUCCCCUUCGGAGGCAUCUACCUUCCCUUGGAGGUUCCUCCCAACAGAUGCCACUGCUCGCCUCUGGUCCUCGCCUACGAUCAAGCGCAUUUUUCCGCCCUUGUGAGCAUGGAGCAGAGAGACCAGCAACGAGAACAAGCUGUGAUCCCCCUGACGGAUUCUGAGCACAAGCUGCUGCCCCUGCACUUUGCAGUGGACCCAGGGAAGGACUGGGAGUGGGGGAAAGAUGACAACGAUAACACCCGGCUGGCCCACCUCAUCCUCUCCCUAGAAGCCAAGCUGAACCUCCUGCACAGCUACAUGAACGUGACGUGGAUCCGGAUUCCCUCUGAGACCAGGGCUCCCCUGGCACAGCCCGAGUCCCCGACGGCCUCGGCGGGGGAGGAUGUGCAGUCCCUGGCCGACUCCCUGGACUCGGACCGCGACUCGGUGUGCAGCAACUCCAACAGCAAUAACGGCAAGAACGGCAAGGACAAGGAGAAAGACAAGCAGCGCAAGGAGAAGGACAAAACGCGCGCGGACUCCGUGGCGAACAAGCUGGGCAGCUUCAGCAAGACGCUGGGCAUUAAGCUGAAGAAGAACAUGGGCGGGCUGGGCGGCCUGGUGCACGGCAAGAUGGGCCGCUCCAACUCGGCCAACGGCAAGAACGGCGACGCGGCCGAGCGCGGCAAGGAGAAGAAGGCCAAGUCGCGCAAGGGCAGCAAGGAAGAGUCCGGCGCGUCGGCCAGCACGUCGCCGUCGGAGAAGACCACGCCGUCGCCCACGGACAAGGCGGCGGAGAAGGGCGGGCCGCGGGGCGAUGCCUGGAAGUACAGCACGGACGUGAAGCUGAGCCUCAACAUCCUGCGUGCCGCCAUGCAGGGCGAGCGCAAGUUCAUCUUUGCCGGGCUGCUGCUCACCAGCCACCGGCACCAGUUCCACGAGGAAAUGAUCGGCUACUACCUGACCAGCGCGCAGGAGCGCUUCAGCGCCGAGCAGGAGCAGCGGCGCCGCGACGCCGCCGCGGCCAAGCGGCCGCCGCGCAGACCCGAGGCCGAGGGCGCGCCGGGCCCGGAGCGCGCCUCUCCGGGCCCGCAGGCCGCGCAGCCCACGCAGCUAGUGCUCAAGCUCAAGGAGCGCCCGAGCCCCGCGGCGGCGGCUGCGGGGACGAGGGCGGCGCGGGCGGCGGCGGGGGGGUCGGCCUCCCCAGGCCCCGGCGGCGGCAGCGCGCGGCGUGCGGGCGCCAACGGACCGGGCCCCGGCCGCAGCCCUCCGGGGCGCCAGAGCGUCAUCCACGUGCAGGCUGCGGGCGCGCGGGACGAAGCGUGCGCGCCGGCGGUGGGCGCGCUGCGGCCGUGCGCCACAUACCCGCAGCAGAACCGCUCGCUGUCGUCGCAGAGCUACAGCCCAGCGCGCGCCGCCGCGCUGCGCACGGUCAACACGGUGGAGUCGCUGGCGCGCGCCCUGCCCGGCGCCCUCCCCGGCGUGCCCGGGGCGGCGGGCGCGGCCGAGCACAAGUCGCAGACCUACACCGACGGCUUCGGUGCGGCGCGCGAAGGCUUGGAGUUCGCCGACGCCGACGCGCCCGCCGCGCACUCGAACGGUGAGUGCGGCCGCGGCGCCCCCGGGCCAGCACAGCGGCGCUGCGUGCGCGAGAACUGCGCCUUCUACGGGCGCGCGGAGACCGAGCACUUCUGCUCGUGCUGCUACCGCGACGAGCUGCGGCGGCGGCGCGAGGCGCGCGCGGCCCGACCCUGAGCGCGCGGCCCGGCCCGGCCCGGGCCCCGGGACUAUUUUCCAUUCUGUCGGUGUCUUUUUUACACGCCCUGGUCCACCGGAAGGCGGCGCCUCCUCUGUCAGUGCCGUGUAUGUGUUUGGUCAAACGUUCCUAAUGGUGCCUGAACCUACACUGACGCCACUCAGGUAGUAGACGGAUAGGAAACAAGUCAUACUGUUGGAAGUGGGUGUGCUAGCCUAGCAUCUGCCUCGUACCUGUGGAAACUCAAUAGCCAUUGCAAGAGUAUUUUUGUUCCUCUAUAAGAGAAAUAAAGAGAUUCGCAGCCCUUUGUUUUUA